AUGACUUUCAACCUUUUGCCUCACCAUUCUCAGUUUCUCAAUCCGCCAAAGAUAGUAGGGAACGUGGCGCUAUGUCCUCUGAGGACGAGCUUCAAGGGACCUGCUCCACAAGAUUCAAGUGAUUUUGAUAUAGUGGACGAAGGAAUUCAUUAUUUUAAAGCAAACAUAUUCUUUAGAAACUACGAAAUAAAGAGCGAAGCGGAUCGGACUCUGAUUUAUAUCACUUUGUUUAUAUCCGAGUGUAUCAAAAAAUUACAAAAGUGUACGUCGAAGAAGCAGGGACAGCGAGAGAUGCACACCCUGGGACUGAAGAAGUAUCCCAUUCCUGGAGAAUCCGGUUUUCCUUUAAAUGCGUUGUAUGCCAAACCAUCUCGCAGCGAGGAAGAGACCAUGCGGGCAUAUCUCCAACAGAUCCGACAGGAAACAGCAGUUCGUAUGUGUGAAAAAGUAUUUGAAGAUUCUGACAAACCAAGCAAGUGGUGGACAUGCUUUGUGAAAAGAAAAUUCUUGGAGAUAAGUUUAUCUCCCCCAGGACAGUAAUACAAUGAAAAAGAAAAAUACUGUAGUAUUGUGUCGUGUGUCGGAAAACAUCUAUCGGGGACUUGCAACAAGACAGAUAUUUCUGGGCUUCCAUGUUGCUAACCAGUAUCUGAUCUGUUGUUUAUUAUAUAUUAAUUUUUUUUGUGAGCAGACAUACUAGAUACUCAGUCAC